UCAGUGCAAGUUCGCUCUCACGAGCUCGGCGCGCGCGCGGUCUGUGUGCGUGCUCCGGUGCGACCGGGAUGGAGCCCGAGCCGCGAGCGCGCUUCGAGCCUCCGGAAUAACAUUACGAAAGAAGAAGAAGAAGAAGAAAAAAAAGGAUCUCGAACGGAAAAUAUUUUCUACAACAAAAGAAUAAACUUUUUUUUUUUUUAAUUUUUGUGGGAUUUUAUACUUGGUGGUGAAAUAAGUCUAAACUGUAGGAGGAUAUUGAGAGGAUGCCGUUCGCCAAGAGGACGGUGGAGCCGCAGCGGCUGUGCAGGAGCGCGAGCCCGGGGGCUGACCCGGAGGACCUGCGCGCGGUGAGCAACGCGGCUCUGUCCCGCACCGUGCGCCAGCUGUCGGACCUCGCGCGGCACGCUGGAUCGCUCUUCCACGAGCUGGAGCGCGAGCUGGCGGCCACCGACCGGCGGCUGCGGGAUCUGCGCGAGAGAGUGCGGCGCAUGGACAGGAGCACCGAGCAGCUGGACCCCAAACUGGAGGCAGUGCCUGUCUCGAGUCUGGAUGUUGAGAGUAAACUCAGUGAACAUUUCCAGUCUGCUUGGCAGCUCCACAGAAACGUCUUCAUCCCGUCGAGUCGGCCGCCGUGUGUCGAGGAGCUUCACCUCCACGCCAAACAGAGCCUGAGCGCGCUACACAGAGAUCAGCAGCAGAGACAGGAAGUCAGUGAGCGAGAGCGGAGGGUGACCAUCUUGAUAGCCCCGCCCACACCCAUUUCCCCCUCCCACCAUACACUCCACACGUUUGAAAGCGUUCGACCCUCUUCUCCUACUGAAUGUUGCCACUUCUCCCGCUGGAGCAGACAGGUGGACUUAGACCCUGAUUCCGUGUCUUUAGGAAACAGAUCCCGGUUCCCCGUUCCUAACGUUCCCUCUCCGUUGGACACCCAGACUAACUGGAGCGUGGCCCUGCCCUUACCCACGCCCGAGGACCGGAUGAAGAGCCAGUCUCAGGCCGUGGUGUCCUGCCUGGUACCCAUCGACGUCACGGGGGCCGGAUUCGACAGAGAUGCCAGUGUUCGCAGCUCGCUAGUCUACUCUCAGUCAGUGCUACAGAGGAGACGGAAGCUGAGAAGGCGGAAAACUAUCACGGGCAUUCCCAGACAACUGCAGCAAGACUUUGAUUCUGAUGAGUCACCCGCGGCUAGUGAGCAGCCUGUAUUAGUGCACUCCAGCCCUGAAGCUCGCCAAGAGAACCUCACACCCACUCGUCUCAACACAAGAGACUCUGGCUGCCAGACGGAAGACUUUCUCAUUGCUGUUGCAGCACCAUCUCGUAGACGGAUCAGAGCUCAGAGGGGUCAGAGUGCGACUUUUCCACUUUCCCAUUCCGCAGGAAACAUACCCUCCCUGCCAGACAGUUCGGAUACCAUGUUCACCACCUCCAUCAGCUCCCAUUUGCGCUCGCAUAGCCUUCCUCGAGAAAGCGCUCGAUUACUAAAAGAAGUCCAGAUCGGCAGUGAUAACGACGAUGGAGAUCUUUUACCAUUUGAAAGAGAACAAUUCUUUUCAGGAACAGGAGAGAACAUGCUAAAAGAUGAAGAAGAGAGCACUGGUGACCAGGUACAGCCAGAGAGGCAGCUAGGUAGCUUUAACCAGCAUCCUGAGAGCCCAGAGCAUGUGUGGAUGCAGAGAGCUCGGUCCCAUCUGCCAUGUAAAACCGAUGAGAUCUCGUCGAGCUCUGACACGUUCAGCAGUCCUAUACACUCCAAUGCUGGAGUCCUGGCCAGCCAGAUUGACCACAAGGAUGACCACCAAUCCUCCAGUGGAAACUGGAGUGGCAGCAGUUCCACGUGCCCUUCACAGACAUCAGAGACGAUUCCUCCUGCUGCCUCACCACCUCUGACACACUGUGACUCAGAGCUGUCUCUAAACACAGCUCUUAACAUCACUGAAGAUUCUCCUGAACCAUUCUCUGGGGACAGGCUGCAUGGUCUGCGUGGUCACCGAACAGGAUCUUCUGCUUCCAAUGCAACUGACAUGCUAGAUGAUGGUGGAGUUAGCACAGCAAGCGAAGCAGACUGGAGCUAUCCUCAACAUAAGCACAACAGGUGCUGCCAGAAAGACUUCAGUCCUGAGGGCUCUAGGGAAGGGGAGGGCAGCCUAGAGUGUCCCAGCUUUGUUAGCAUAGCCACAAUUGAGAGCUUAGAUAAACCUCCUUCUGACAAGGCUGACACUAUGUCUCACUUCUCUGUGGAUGCAGAGGGCUACUAUACCUCCAUGCACUUUGACUGCGGUCUUAAAGAUAGUAAAAGCUUCACAUACAACUAUGCAUCUGUUGACCAGCAAAAGGAAGGGUACAGAGGUUAUGCAUUAAACAAGAAACACAGUCUUUCUCUAAAAAAGCCAAAGGUGAAGCCAUUGCCUCCAGAACGUUGCUCAUCAUUAAAGAAAAUUAGCAGCCAUGCUAGAUUAACUCCUGAAAUGACUGAACCAAAGAUAACACCUGAGCAGAACUUACUGAUGUCUUCCAAGGACAGAAAUUCACCAUUAGCGACAGAUGACCACUGUGACCAGGGAGCUGAUGAGGAGCUGGUGGAGGCCUACGAUGGGCAAGUUUCUAACCAGAUUCCAGAUGUUGCAUUGCUAGGAUCUACAGAUAAACAGUCCUUAAAGCACAAGGAAGUUAUACACUCUGACUAUGCAGAUCUUUGGGUUGUAAAUGACUUGAAAUCCAAUGAUACUUGCAGAUCAUUGUCAAACUCCAGCACAGCAGCAGGGACAACAGUUAUUAAAUGCAUGAAGUCAAAAGAGAGCUCAGAGUCACAGUCUGGCUCAACGACUGCCAGUCCGUCACUGCCAUCUGUAGAAACUGAAUUUAGACUACCCUCCCCAGAGAAGCUGGUAAAUCUAGCAUCCCCUUCCAGUGGCUAUUCCAGCCAGUCUGAGACACCAACAUCAUCUUCUGCUUUUUUUCCAAACCCUAAUCCCUUGUCUCCUGUUGGUGGAAAAAGGAAACCAAAAGUUCCAGAGAGGAAAUCCUCCCUCACUUCACUGCAGAAGCACACAUCCAAAGAGGACCUUGAGCUACCCAUUAUACCCCCCACCCAUCUUGACCUAAGUGCCCUUCAUAAUGGCAAGAAACCUUUAUCCCACAGAAACCACAUUCAUAUUCCUAAUAACACAGUGGCUCUGCCCACAACUGAAAGCGUUGAUCCCGGCAGCAGCAGUCCUUUGGAAAUCACCCCAAUGAUGCUUCAUUCUGUCCAACUACGUUCCGUUAGCAAACCUAGUCAAGAAACCCACAAUCUGUAUUGCACAGAUGCUUCCACUAGAUCCACUAUGUGCCACCUUAAUGAGUCCAGAAAGCCUUCUUCUUAUAAACACCUCACUAGUGAAUCCCCUUCUGAAGAUAACUGUGAACCGAUGUUUACUCCUACAGAGGAGCUAGGGUUUGGGAGUCUACCAAGGAUUUCUUUUACAAAAAACAGAUUUGACAGGAUAGCUCCAGCAUCUCUUUGGAGCACCAGUGCUUUCAGCACAACUUCUGAAGAAGUGAGCCGAGAUGACACGAUGGUAGACAUAUCAGAACGAAAUAAGGGACCUCUUGAACAAGAGGAACUCUUUUUCCCUCAGAGCAGUAUGGAAACAGAGAAAGAGCAGGAAGUGGUGCUCGCAGGAGAAAACCCCCAAACAGAAUCACUACCUGAUCAUCUGAUCACACUCUCUACAAGAUCUGAUAAAUUUGACCAAGUGCCUGAUUUGAUUCUUCACUCAUCAGUGGAAUCUUCAGAAAUCGAUUCAAGUAGCAGUGCCAGCAUUCAUAGAGAGGAGUCAGCAUCAUCAGGUGGUCCAACCAGAAGUGCCUCACAGGAGACCGUGGGGGAAGUGUCUACACCUGAUACCGAGGAUUACUUCAGCAAAGAAUCCACACCGAGUGAACCAUUAGCAUCUCCUUUGACAGAUGAAUCAACAACUGAGGAGGACAGUGUUUUCCUUUCCCCCACUAAAGCCCGUACAACUGAAGAUCUCUUUGCCAUGAUUCACAGGUCAAAAAGGAAAGUCCUUGGCCGAAAGGACUCAAAAGGAGAUGUAGCUGUUCGGAGUUCCACUUCCUCUCCUGCCACCUCCCCAAGUACCCCCGUUACACCGACAAGCUCGCAACGAGCAUCAAGCCAAAUAUACAGGAGCGUCAAAAAGUCGAACACCUCAAGCGAGGAAUUCAAACAACUUCUUCUUAAAAGGGGCAGUCGUUCGGAUUCAAGCUUCCGUAUAUCAGCGACUGAGAUCCUGAAAAGUCCCAUUGCAUCAAGAACUCUCACUGACUCUCUGUCAGAAGGUACAAAGCAUCCCGAAGAUUUCCCCUCCCCAUUCCAGCCGCAGUCUCCGGAGAGAACCACUGAGAUUCUUCAUAGCCCCUAUCCAAAAACUACCGUGGAGGGGUUCUCCUCGAAAGUUUUUAGUUCUUCCAGACAAGGCCGUUCAAGGUUACCACCAGCUGCGAACAGCAGUCGUUACAGCACACGUAGUCGGCAUUACACAACACCCAUGCAGGCGAUAUCUGAGGGGGAAACAGAAAACUCAGAUGGAAGUCCACAUGAUGAUCGUUCCUCUUAAGAGAGGAACGUACCUUCUACCAGGUGUUUAUAAGAAAGGAAAAACAAAAAUCAAAACUACUAAAGUUUUUUUUUUUUUUUUUUGACGAUUUAAGCAAUUUUAAACCUGUGCUAAGUUACUGCCCUUGUGUAGCCAGAGGGAAAAAAAUGUUUACAACUUAUGAAAUUGUCAUGGUAUAUGCAGCAAUGUUUAUAAGCAUUAUGCGGAAAAGUUCAUUUAAAAAAUUUUAUGAUUGCAUUUUAUAUGGGCAUUAACUGUGAAAUCAAUAUAAAACCGUCAAUGAUAAAAAAAAACGUAGGACAAUCAGAUUGUGGCCUUCGACACUGUUGUAGCAACGUGUAGAUUUUUAAAGUAUACGUCAGAAGAUCGAUCUGGCUUCAGCUAGAAAUGACCCUCGUUUGGCGAAAACGUUUUGCAGGAUUAUUCUUGCUAUCAAUUUGCACUUUUUUGAAAUUGUAAUUUUAAGUGACCUAAAAUAAAUAUGCAAAUAUCUUAAGUAAUGAUAUGAGAUUAAUUCUUUAAAAAAUUGAGUUGAUCUUUAUUGUGUUUAAAUUGAUUAGAUGUUAAGAUUCAAACCCAAACUUUUUAUAAAAUGGGUAUCACCUUAGAUUGGUACCUGCACCUCAGCCAAUACCACACCCAUUCUUGGUAGGUUGCUUAGAUGUAUAUUUUUAUUAGUGUACAUCACGUUUUGCUCCUGUGUAACUUAAGCAACAAGCUAGAAGUGAGGUCCAACUAUAUUAUACCAGUGAACAUGUGCUUCCUUAACUUUUUCUGAAAGUCUUAACAGAUAUUAUGCCGUAUUAACCCGAUGAAAACAAAACUUCCUCCUUGGUGCAAUAAAAACAACAAUCAGUGCAUUAUUAUUGGACCCCAAUAUAGGACUCUUCCAAAUGGUUGAUCAGCACAAAUUUUUUUUUUCGAUUGACUUUAUUACUUGUGGUUUGCAAGGAAUACAUUUAGAAAGUCAAACUAUUUAAAAAAAAAAAAACCUGACAUCUAGUGGAUUUGUUAAAACAAAGCACACAUCAACCAAUUGGUAGACAUAGCUCAAUCAGGUUCAACACGUUUUUUAACAAGAUAUAAUGAAUCAGAAUGCGCUC